AAUGCCGUUCUCGGCUCUCGAACGACACAGCAUAAGCAUUCAUUUGGGUCACCGUCGCAUGCAGAUGACGGAACGAAAUGGAUAGAGCCGUCCUGUAUAAAAGGCUCCGGUGUCCUGUCCUCAGGCUUCAACUCCCUCCCGUAUUCCACAACUCACAGCGGACUUUUCGCAUUCCCUUUUCUCUUGUAUUACUGUCAACACUAUGUCCGAGGGAAGCAAGCCCCAUAUGCAUGAAGGCAAAGAUAGCGAUUCCGAAGGCGAGUCCUACUCGCCUAGGACCCCACGAAGAACACCGAUGGCAUGCCAGUUUUGUCGAGGUCGCAAGAUGAAAUGCGAUGGUCGUCCGAUAUGUGGCAAUUGUAGUCGUCGCGGGAUCGCUUGCUCCUAUGUUCCUGUAACUGAGACUCUAUUCUCGAUCUCCCUCCUACCUUCAGGCCAGCACAGCCAGCUCGGCGCCGGAUCGUCUCAACUAUGCGCACUCUGCUAUCUAUCGCUCUCCAGUCUUGUCGGCAUACAUGGCUGUUCUAGCACAGUUUCCGGACGAUUGCUGUCGUUGACCACGACACUUGUAGCUAUAGGCAACUCGCGCUCGCUUCUCCCAUGCACAUCUACCUCUAUAUCUUGAUAAUUACCCUCUAGACUACCGUAUUGUACAACUGUUCUCCGCUCCGCUCAUACACGCAGUGACAUUGUGUUCGGCCGUCGU